AAUUGGCAAGUGUUUGGCUUAUUAUAUAUUUCGCGGACGAGCGUCGAUUAGUCUUUGCUUUUCGUACCGUAACGAUUGCUCGACUUGUCUUUUUACUCUCGUAAUGUGUAUCUAUUUGCGAUUUUGAAGAAUUAUAUCAGGUUUCGAAGCAGAAUAGAUGCGAAUUAGUGCGAAUUAUUUCUAGAUUAUUCCAAGAUUUUCUAAAAUUUAUAGUAAAAUGGAGACUAUGGACGAGUGGUUUUGCGAUGAGGAAUCUACACUCGGUUACGACGAGGCUUGCAUCAAUCUACGAACGAACGACAAGGAUUCGAAUGCCUGGCUCUACCUGCUCUCCGCGGAUUGCGCGCUGUGCCCCUAUACUAGAACCAAGCAGAUCGUAUCAAAUUUAUCUUCCAGCGUGAUAAUCGAUACAGUCAGAUCCACGAGUUUCAGAAUUUUGGAUGCUGAAGAUCCUAACGAAUUUAUAUCCGCAAAGAAUACCAGCAACGUGAUCUGCGAGCUAACGCCGAACUUGGGACAGUUCGGGGUGUACGAAUUGUCUGUACAGAAUCGAAGCUGUAAUAUAAAAACUCUGAAUACGCCAACUUAUCCUUACACAGAGCUUCUCGUCAUUUUUGGAGUAUUGAUACUCGUUCUAUUCGGUCUUUCUGGCUUAAAAUCGUUAUGGAACGUAUGCAAGAAGAAAUGUAUGAAACGUCAAUUGGACGACACUGCGAUGAAACAACCCUCGAAACGUCGAGUGAAGGCGAUCGACACGGUUCGAGGGGCGAGUACAUUAUUGAUGAUAUUCGUGAACGAUGGAUCAGGUGGUUAUAGGAUCCUUGGCCAUGCGACUUGGAAUGGAUUACUUCCGGGUGACUUGCUGUUUCCUUGUUUCAUAUGGAUUAUGGGAGUGUGCAUCCCCAUUGCCAUGGCUAGUCAGAUGAAACGAAUGCUGCCGAAACAUGUGAUAUUGUAUGGAAUCGUGAAGAGGAGCAUCCUUAUGUUUUUAAUCGGAUUGUCUCUGAAUACUGUGAGCACUGGUCCUCAACUAGAAACUAUUCGCAUAUUCGGUGUUCUCCAACGAUUUGGCAUUACUUAUUUCAUCGUUGCUCUGAUAUACUUUUGCUUGAUGACGAGGAAACCCAAGAAGACCCAAUCUCCAAUGUUAAAAGAAGUGCAAGAUUUUCUUCUGCUUCUUCCCCAAUGGUGUGUAAUGCUGGUGAUUGUGGCUGUUCACUGUUUCAUCACAUUCUGCCUGAAAGUUCCAGGAUGUCCCACUGGUUACCUUGGUCCUGGUGGUCUUCACGAUGACGCGAAAUAUUUUGAUUGUGUGGGUGGAGCAGCGGGUUAUAUCGACAGAAUGAUACUCAAAGAACCUCAUUUGCAUCAUUCAGCCACGGUUUAUAAAUCUGGACCUUAUGAUCCUGAAGGAAUUUUGGGUACUCUCACAACGACAUUCCAAGUUUUUCUUGGCCUACACGCUGGCAUAAUAAUGAUGACUUAUAAAGAUUGGAAAGAACGUGUAAUAAGGUGGUUGACAUGGGCUGCAUUUUUCAGUUGUAUAGGAUGCAUUCUUCAUUUUACCAAUAUAAUUCCUGUUAACAAGAAACUGUGGUAUGUCUCCAAAAAAAAAAAAAGAAUAUUGUAUAAAUUGGAAUACAGAAAAACUGUUGUUGAUUUCAGGUCAUUAUCAUUCGUAUUCGUGACAACUUCUUUUUCUCUGGCCUUUCUCUCCGCUUGUUACUUACUCGUGGAUGUCAUUAAAGUAUGGAACGGUGGACCUUUUCGAAUUCCUGGUACACUUGGUUCAACUUUCACACAAUUAUGCAACUCUGAACAGGUUUUACGCCAAAACAAUUUAAUACCUGUUUGCAGACUUAAUUCCAUUGGAAAAAAGUCUGAUAUAUGGUUCAUAAAUAUCAUUACUUUUUUAUAUAACUUGGAUCUCUCCUCAAUUUCAUAUCUAAAAUUCUUUCUUAUUUAUUUAGUUUUAAUAUUAUUUGUUCAAUAUUUGAUUUUACCAUAGCUUGAAAUAUUUUAGAUAAUUAAAUUUAAAAUAUUAAAUUUAAAAAAAAUGAUAAUUGAAUUUUUAAAAUUGUAAGUUCUCAUAAAAUAAGCAUUAUUGUGUUAUACAUUUAGAAAAAUGACGAAAAGCUUAUUAAGAAAAAAUUUUUUGGCGUGCAAUUUGUUCUUUCGAAUGAAGAAACGAUUGUAUCAGUUCGAUUAUUUAUAGGCAUGAAUGGUUUACUGUUAUACGUCGGCCACAUGGUAUGCUACCAAAAUUUUCCAUUCCAUUGGAGCAUCGGUAACAUGGACAGUCGAGCACUGCAUUUAUGCGAAGCCAUUUGGGGUCCCGGAUUAUGGACUAUUAUUGCAUAUAUCAUGCACAGGAAACGCAUUUAUAUCACCCUGUGAUAAUCUACAUUUCAUAUUUUACUAUUAUUAGAUGAAGUAAAUUUUGUUAACGAUAUUUCAAAAGAAAACUAUUUUUUAAUUUUUUAUGUAUUUAUUCUUACCUUGUAUCAAAGAUAGACAAACUGAUUCGAAAUGAAGAUUAAAGUGAACUUUACAAA